AUGUCUUCGCAGACCUCCUCGAGCCGGGAGCCUACCCUUGGCCACAUCGACAGGACUUCGUAUGCCGGUGCUUACCAGUCUCGUUUCACCGAGGAAAUCGUCCAUCCUGACGGCAGCGGUAGCUCUGGCGACAUGCAUCUCCUGCGGCAUGUUAACUGCGGCUACCUCUCGACACAUGGCCACGCUCCAACGCUGCUUGCUCUCAAACAACACGCGCAGGCACUGACCGUUCUCAUUGGCAAGUUGGCACCCACGACCCGGUAUGGCGAAAUGGACAACGGAAACAACCCCCGCGGCCGGACCAGAAAGACGUUCAGAGACAACGAGGCUUUCGACUGGCUCAACGACCUGAGCCACACGUACCAGAACGACGACGAGUGGCACCACAAGCCGCUCACCGACCUCAUGAACCAGAUCCAGCACCAGUCCGACACUCAGGGUGUUGUCCACCACUGCCCUUUGCAAUCAUUUGCGAACAACAAGGAGAAGAGGACAAAACCGCGCCCGUACGCCUCCCACGGCGCUUUGGCGCUCCACGCAAACGAGUGUCUGGAGAUACUGGAUCACGAGUACAGCGCUACGGGAGGCCUCAUGUCACUCCUCCCCACCGACGCGGAUACCGACGCCGAAGAGAUGAGGGCGGUACGCAACAGCCUGUUGGGCCAGUGGCUGCUGUUUAAUCAACACCUCGUGGCCCGGGUGCACGAGCUCGAGCUGAGCUACGCCAACGCGCUCGACGUCAUGGCGGGCGAGGCCGUCGUGCCGAUGCAGAUGGUGUCCAAGACGGGCCCGGACGCGACAUCCGGGCGCGAGCUCGCCUUCCCGCAGGACAGGUGGGUUCUCGCCAACGCGGGCGACGAAGUCUUCGACCACCUGAGCCGGGCGCUGGACCGGGAGGAGGCGCAGAUCGAGCACAAGAGGGCCAUCUGGGCGGCCAACGGGACGUACGGCGAGCGCAUGUGGGAGGAGCGGCGGGGCGGGGAUCUCUACGCGCGGGGGCUCGUCUUCUACGACGUCAAGACACGCUUCUACCGGCUGCAGGGCAAAGGGCGGAGCAGCAUCUUCAUCCUGCCGGCGCACGGUGUGCACCCGGCGGUGCGGCAGACGCGCAAGCUCGAGGUGACGCCAAGGGUGGUCACGGUGGUGGCGCCGGCGUGGCCGGCGCGGGUGUCGGAGUGGGAGAGCAAGUUCAAGGACCAGCUGGACGAGGCGACGCGGGUGGGCAUCCAGAACCACCGGCUGGAGGCGCUCACGCAGACGAUGAAAGAGCAGAACACAACGCUGGCGACGUCGCUGCACAAGGAGCAAAUGACCAACGCCCAGUUCGAGAUGUACUACGGGACGUCGGAGUCGGCGGACGGCCCGCGGCGACUGGAAAAGGCGGUGGCCUUCCUCGAGACGAGACUCAAGGAGCAGACGGAGGCGCUGGAUGCUCUGGAGGCUGGUGUGGCCGAGGGCCUGAAGAAGGUGCCGGCCAUGUAUCAUACGCUGUUCCCUGCGCCUUUGCGACCGCCGGCGAUAGAGGAGGUGGCGGGCAGGAAUAGACAGGCAUCGGCGGGAGGCCCAUCUGCGGAUGUCAUGGACUGA